GGUGGGAGCUGCGGCGCGAGCGCAGGCUGGGUACCGGAUCGCUCGCGCGCGAGUCGCGGAGGCGCCGCCGCUGCAGUCGCCGCAUCUCCGAGUAGCAUGGCUGACAGCAGGCCCAAGCCCCCCAAGCCCGCCAACAAGACGCCCCCCAAGUCCCCAGGGGACCCCGCGAAGGACAAGGCAGCCAAGAGGCUGUCACUGGAGUCGGAGGGUGUCAGCGAGGGGGCGGCCGCCGCGGGCCCGGAGCUCAGCGCCCUGGAGGAGGCCUUCCGGAGGUUUGCGGUGCACGGGGACACCAGGGCCACCGGGAAGGAGAUGCAUGGCAAGAACUGGUCCAAGCUGUGCAGGGACUGCCAGGUGAUCGACGGCAGGAACGUGACCGUCACCGACGUGGACAUCGUCUUCAGCAAGAUCAAGGGCAAGUCCUGCAGGACCAUCUCAUUCGAGCAGUUCAAGGAAGCGCUGGAGGAGCUGGCCAAGAAGCGAUUCAAAGACAAGAGCGGUGAGGCGGCCGUCCGAGAGGUGCACAGGCUCGUCGAGGGCAAGGCCCCCAUCAUCUCGGGGGUGACGAAAGCCAUCUCCUCGCCCACCGUGUCGCGGCUCACGGACACCACCAAGUUCACGGGCUCCCACAAGGAGCGCUUCGACCCGUCGGGCAGGGGCAAGGGCAGGGCGGGCCGCGUGGACCUGGUGGACGAAUCAGGCUACGUGCCGGGCUACAAGCAUGCGGGCACCUACGACCAGAAGGUGCAGGGGGGCAAGUAGCCGGCGGGGCCUUCUCCCGUCGCCCGGUCCCCCCGCCGCCUCACACUUCGUUACAUUCCUGUGCUUGCAGGCAGAACUCGGACCCGGGGCUGGGCGGCCGCGGAGGCUCCAGGCCUCCCUCCCGCCCGGGCCCGCACUCCCCUCCACCCCAGCUUUGGCCCCGACUCACCUUUCCUAACACACCUGCCUCGUCCCCGCCAGGAAGUGGGCAGAUGGCCCUUUCCAAAGUGUCUCCCAGGGCCAGACCACACCGGCCACUGGUUUGCAGCA